AUGUCUGCAGUGCAUAUUAUUGGUUAUGAAUUUUAUGGGAAUGCUAAUACAAAUGAUGUAGCAUUCCCAGCAUUGACACAACUUGAGCUUUAUGAUAUGCCGAAUUUGUUGGAAUGGAAGGGUUUUGAAAUAGCUGGAAAACCUGUGUCUUUCCCUUGUCUUGACACACUAACAGUCAAAGGAUGCAACAAGUUGACUGGCUUACCAUCAAUUCCGCAUCUUAAAAACUUAGCCUUAUGGCAGAGUAAUGAAAUGCUACUUGACUCGUUGGUCCAUCUCAUGUCACUUUCCACUCUUGCUAUUAAUGAAAUGCCACAACUGAAGUCUUUCCCCAGGAAUCUGGAGAACUUGAGCCGUAUCACGCAACUGACCAUGUAUGAUUGCGAUAAUCUGGAGUCUCUGUUUGAGGGCAUGGGAGGAUUUACUUCUCUUGAACAUUUGAACAUUAUCCAACACCUUUGUUUGCUUGAGGAGUUGGUCAUUGAGCGUUGUCCCGCGUUGCAUUCAUUACCAUAUAUACCUGUCAGUCUCAAAAAGUUGGUCAUCAGAAGGUGCCCUCAAUUACAGAAACGACUGGAGAAGGAGAAAGGCGACGACUGGGAUAAUACAAAACAUGUCCCAUAUGUGGAGAUCGAAAGUGGAGAGUUCAUCACUGAAGAAGACAUCUUCUGA